AUGCUUCACUAUGAGAGAGAUAUUCCGAAAUCAACGCAGUCAGAGUCCACAUCUUUCGAAAGAGCUGUAAAACAAGCAGUAAAUAGUGUAGCUUCAACUGCAGAGACGAGAGUAGUAGCAAAUUUUGUUAAAGAUGAGCACACUGAAAACAGUGUUUUAUUGGCUACGGCUAUGGUCAAGGCUAAAUCAAACAAUUGCUAUGCUCAAUCUCAUGUAAUCAGGGCCCUCCUCGAUCAAGGGUCCCAAGCAUCCUUUGUUACAGAGUCAACAGCUCAGUUACUUAGGCUGAAAAGAGUUCCGGUGAAUGCUUCUGUAGCUGGCUUGGGUGAUGGUGAAACUAAAAUUAAAAAUAUGGUUUCACUCAUACUACAAUCACGCCACAGCCCAGCUCUAUCCAUUCGUGUCAAUGCGUUUGUGAUGUCAUCAUUGACAUCAUUCCAGCAGGCAUCACCUGUUAAUGUUUCUGAUUGGCUAGAACUGAGAAACUUACCACUAGCUGAUUCGGACAUACAAUCACCCAGUCGAAUUGAUAUUCUACUGGGAGCUGAAGUAUACGGUGAGAUCAUUUUAGAGGGUUUGAUAAAGAUCAACAAUGGACCUAUAGCACAAAAUUCUUUGUUCGGUUGGAUCAUUUCAGGUAGAGUGCAAACUAAUCAAGCUUCAGCAAAACCAGUGAUCAGCAUGCAUGUGCAAGUUAAAGAAGACGUUCUUCUGAAGAAGUUUUGGGAACUGGAGAACGAACCAGAUGGUAUAACAAAACGACUGACGAAAGAAGAAGAGAAAUGUGAGGAGAUAUUUAAUACAACUUACCAGAGAGAUCAAGAAGGCCGCUAUGUUGUGAGACUGCCAUUCAAUACAGAGGAUCCUGAGUGUCAAUACGGACAGUCACAAAACAUAGCAAGGAAGAGAUUCCACUUACUAGAGAAAAAACUGAUGAAGAAUCCAGGUUUAAAGAAAGACUAUGAAGGUGUUAUUGAAGAGUACGCUCAGCUUAAUCACAUGUCUUUAAUUACCGACAGUGAAGAAAAGAAUAACGAAAAAGCAGUAUAUCUACCUCAUCAUGCGGUGGUUAGGGAAGACAAGGAGACUACAAAGGUUCGUGUCGUGUUUGACGCGUCCUGUAAGGGUGUCAACAAUGUGUCUUUAAAUGAUAAUCUCCUUGUCGGGCCUAAGCUACAACAGGAUCUUCGUCACAUCCUUAUGAGGUGGAGGUCUCAUCAGAUAUGUCUAGUGGCUGAUUUGGUAAAGAUGUACCGUCAAGUCCGAGUGCAUCCAGAUGAUACAGACUUUCAGAGAAUUUUGUGGAGGCCGUCGCCCGACCAACCAAUUCAACAUAACCGGCUAUUGACAUUAACAUUUGGGACGGCAUCCGCACCCUAUUUAGCAGUCAAGGCUAUGCAACAAUUAGCCAAAGAUGAGAUGCCAAAUUGUCCAAAGGCAGCAAAAAUCACGCUAGAAGACUACUAUAUGGACGAUUUAAUGACUGGUUGUGACACAGACGCGGAGGCUAUUGAGAUUUACGAUGAAAUGACCAAGUUGAUGAAGUCAGGUGGCUUUCAAUUGCAAAAAUGGUGCAGUAAUAGUGAAAUAUUACUGAAGUAUAUUGAACAAGAGAAUCAACAAUUGAAUAAGUCCAUCCCAAUCAAAGUUGGCAACACGGUUAAAGUGUUAGGAGUUAAUUGGAACAAGCAAACUGACAGCUUCGAGUAUACAAUAUCAUUGCCAAGAGUUAACGGACCAUUCACCAAAAGAUCAGUUCUUUCGGAUAUAGCUAGGCUGUAUGAUCCGAUGGGUCAUUUUUUGGUCGGAGAGCCACUAAUAGCUAUUCCUGACUAA